CACAACAGACACACAGCUGGCAUGUGACAGCCAAAUACGCUAAAUAGUUUACUUUCAUCUUCCCCGGAGGGACAAAGUGCAUUUACCGAAGGCGUAACUCUGUCACCCGACUGAACAAGUCGAGGUAUUUGUCUACUCAGGCGGUCUUGUCACCCGCAAACUUCUUUUAACGCUAUCUUUUGUCACCAUGACUCCGCUUCCGAAUUUAGAAGCUAAAAUUGUGAUAGUUGGCUGUGGUAUAUCUGGGAUCGGUGCAGCUCUGAAACUGAUCAAAAAUGGCUUCAAGAAUGUCCGAAUAAUUGAGGCGACGGGACGGAGCGGAGGGAGAAUACGCACUGGCAGACUUGGCAGCAACAUUGUGGAGAUCGGUGCCAACUGGAUCCAUGGGCCGUCCCAGGGGAACCCAGUGUUCCGACUCGCCUGCCAGCACGGACUACUGGACCCUGCUGACACCACAGAGGAGAACCAGGCUAUGGAUGUAGGGGGCCACCCUCCGUGGGUGCCCACUUUCCUACGCAGUUCAGGGGGGGAGGUGGAGCCCGAGACCCUAGCACCUGCUCUGGAGGUCUUUUCCCAAGUCAUGGAGACCGUCCAGGGAUUCAGCAGCAGUGGAGGCGGCGAGCCGGUGGCCAGUGUGGGAGAGUUUAUUAGGACGGAGCUACCGCGACUUGCCAAAGACGAUUGGAUGGCACAGGGGGAAGGACUUUGGAAUCUGAGGAUGUCAUUUGUCAACACAAUGCUGAAGGGGGAGUGCUGCAUCAAUGGGACUCCAACCAUGGAGGACUUGAGUCUGAGAGCAUGCGGAUUAUACCAAACCCUGCCUGGACUAGACUGCACCUUCCCCAGGGGUUACGAGGGGCUGGUUGACUGUCUGAUGCGCCAGCUUCCAGAGGGAACCGUGGCCUACAACACACCUGUCUGCAAAGUCCACUGGGCUGAUGGGAAGCACACAGGCACUCACCCACACACACUGUCUCAGGCACACACACACCCCGUGCAGGUGGAGUGUGCGAGUGGAGAGGUGUUCCCUGCUGACCAUGUCAUCGUCACUGUUCCUCUCGGCUACCUGAAGAAGCAUCACACCACUCUGCUGAGCCCGCCCCUCCCUGGCCACAAGGCCCAGUCGGUGGAGCGGAUGGGCUUUGGGACCAACAACAAGAUCUUCCUGGAGUUCGCGCAGCCCUUCUGGUCGCCGACAACCGAGGUGAUCUACCUGCUGUGGGAAGAUGAGGAGCACCUGAGGGACACUGUCCCCAACAUUCACACACACUGGGCACGCAAGCUCUUCGGAUUCACCGUGCUCAAGCCUACAGAGAGGUAUGGCCAUGUGCUGUGUGGGUGGAUCGCGGGUCAUGAGUCGGAGUAUAUGGAAUCACUGCCAGAGGCUGAAGUCCUGAACACAGUCACCCAAGUCCUACGCCGCUUUACAGGUAUCCCAUCUCUGAGUGUGUGUAGGAUGCUGCGUUCCCAGUGGUUCAGUGAGGUCUACACUUGCGGCUCCUACUCCUACCCUGCGACUGGAUGCUCUGCAGUAGACAUCGCCCACCUGGCAGAGCCCCUGCCUCCCGCACACACACACACACAGCCCCUGCAGGUGUUGUUUGCUGGCGAGGCGACACACGACUCGUAUUUCUCGACGGUGCACGGAGCGCUGAUGAGUGGCUGGAGAGAGGCGGACAGACUCAUCGCGCACCACUCUUCAGCAUCGGCAUCAUCAUCCUCCUCCUCUUCUCAGCUCUCUUCCAAACUGUAAUAUCACAUCCAGACCAAAAUCAACCAAUGAAGAGGUAGCCGAGGUUGUUGAGGAAGCUUCGCCAUGCAUUUGCACUAUGCUUGUUAAGUAGAGUAGAGUGGGAUAUUUGAUUUUGCUUUUCAAAGAGCAGCUCUUGCUUGUCAACCAUUCGUAAGUGUCCACGUUCCAAGUGCUUUUCAGCGAACCAUGUCAUAGCUCAUCACCACAGAAUUUUAAUGCAUUGCAUGCAGAAGCUGUACUUUUAUGCUCUCCUUUCCUAUGCAUGAACUCCUGAUGAUGUUUAUUUAAUUGCAAAACUAGACACAUGAACACAUCUUCUGUGUUAUUUUGGGAAUACCGUUAUUAAUAUAUCUGACAGAAAUGCAGAAUGCUUGUAUAAAAUCAGGAUUUUGGCCGUUUUUAUCCAUCUCUAGGGAAAAAAAAAACUGUGAUUUUGAGGGCAAUAAACCCCUGUUAAGCAUGGGCUUUUUAAACAAGCAGACAGUGGGAUACAGAAACAAACAAUUUUCAUCCACUGGGAGCUGAGCUGGAAGCUCGACUUUCCAACAAGCCAUAGUUUUUGUCUGUAGCUUAAACAUGAAAUAUUUAGUGUCUCUACACUAUGUGAGAGAAAUGAUGACUUGCGUCGCUCUGCUCACUUACGUUGCUUAGUCUGUGGCUGGAGAGGAACAGACUCUUCACACUCCAUAGUUAUCACAUUAUCAUCCUAAUCUCUUCCUCUUCUCCACUCUCCUCUGAUCUCUCUUUCCUCACACUAGUCCAACUCAUCUUCAUCAUCCUUCUCUCCUCCCAUCCCCUCUCCUCUAAACUCAAAUCUUUAACAUUUCCCUUUUACACCUUUUCUUAAAAUCACAGACACACCAUCUACAUCACACCAAAAAAUAAUGCUUUAAAAUAUUCUGUGCUCUGAUACAUGAAGUGAUGAGUCAUGUACCUACUGAAAAUAACACUGUAAUUUUUACAUUGUAAUUUUUUUUGUCCAAAAUAUUUCCUAAAAUAUUCCAAGAGUGUUAGGGUUACACCUGGAACAAAUUAGUAACAAGCUGAAAAUCGCAGAAUAUCUUCAGAAUACCUUUAGGAAUAUCAGGAUAAAGACUUGUUUGUCGCACUGCCGUUUCGUCAGGAGUUGUUUUGUCAAUCAUACAGUCUUUUCAUCCACCAGGGACUAGGACCUUGUAUUCAUCUAAAUACUUUUCAUUACAAUGUGCACUACGCAGGAAUUACGUAAAUGGUCAACUCUUAUACCAGCGUACAUUAAACACAAGUUGUUUAUGCCAUUUGGGACGUGGUUCAAUAAUGUAAACUCAAUGUGGCCCUUGGGCCAAAAUAAUUGCCCACCCUUACCUUACUGCCAGAGGAUAGCUCACUAACCCCAACCAACGGUCAGCCAUCUUGAAAGUGUUACAUUUCACCAGUCCAUGUGUUGUAGUUGGCUCACAGAAUUUGGUGAAAAUCCGUCCACACAUUCAAAAGUUGUUGCAUUAACACAGAAUAUCAUCAAUUUUGGACCCCAUACGUAUGGGAUGAGAUAUGAAUUUCUCAGAGAGGCCAAGAAGGUUUCUUCCGACUUACAAGUAGCCUAUACUAUUCCUAUUAUUGUAGAGUUUUAGCACACAAUAUUUGAUGCAAAUCCAUCCACUUUUUGAAAAGUUAUUGCGCUAAUGCACAAUAUAAAAUCAAUUUCAAAUCUUGAAUUCCUCAGAGACCGCAAGGGGCACUUCUGGGGACUUUUGGUAUGUAAUUCCUAAAGGUAUUCUGGAUAUAUUCUGAAAUUAGUUUCUAAUUUGUUCCGGGUUUGACUGAAUUUGGAACUAAUCCUUUUAGAUUGAAAAGUAUAUAUUUUUUUCUCUGCCAUGUGGUCUUAAGGGAAAUCUGAUUUUUAAUCGUGUCGACCGAAUUUAGUUUUUUAUAUAAUUGUCUCUAUUGUAGUAAACUCAUCAUGUACUGUUUGAUUGUUUCCAAAAAUAAAUGUACAUGUUCAACCAUGUAUGAUUAAAAAAAAACCUUCAUGCUUA